UAUGACAUUAGAUGCUUUUGAUAGAUACAAAUUUAAGAUAAAAAUAAAAAUAUAAAUUUAUUUUGAUCAAUUAAACCUAAAACCAUUCCUACAGUGCAAAUUGGAGUCAAUUUUGAGCUAUAGCACAAGAAAAGACGAUUUCCACAAAAUAUCAUUCCCCCAAAAAAUAUAAAUUCACUCAGAGCUAUGGCUGAGGAAUCGGCAACUCAAACGGCUACGGUAGCGGCAGCAGCAGCAGCAGCAGCCACUCCCACCAAUGGCAAUAUUAAUUCCAAUGGCGACACAAUCAACAAUUCAGAAUCAGUAUCAGUUCCAGACGACAACGGUCCAGCUUGGAAUUAUGUUUGGGAUGAGAAGCUAUGCAAAACCACGUUGAAGCCAAUCAAUCCAGCAGUUUACACACCCCCUGUGUUGCCCUUGGAACAUGAUCCUGAUCCGAAGCGAUACUAUGUUUGUCCAGUCGAGGGUUGCUAUAAAUCCUUUGCCAAGGUGCAUGGUACAAUAUUCCGAAUGCAUUUAAAAAGACACUUACCUGACAGUCAAAAACCAUAUAAAUGCAAUUAUCCCGAAUGCACGAAAGCUUUUGUCAACCACGCUGAACUACUCAUUCACACUCGCAUCCACACCGGUGAAAAGCCCUACGAAUGUGAACAAUGCGGCAAGAAGUUCGGCCGCAGCCACCAUCUCCGUAAUCACAUGCGAAUCCACAGCAAAGGAACGGAAAUGGCUGGUAAUGAUUCAGAUGAUAAUGAUUCAGCUUCCGAUGGUUCCUCACUAGAUUCACUUAUCCCAUCGGAUCUGGAAGAGUCGAUGAAGCAAGAAGACGGUAUGGAGGAAUCGGAUACAGAUGCAGAGCUGGAAUCAGAUGACGAUAUUGCUCACCAGCCUGCACUCGAUGAGAUAAAAGUAGAACCUGGAAUGGUUAGCGAACCUCUUCUGCCUCCGUUUUACUCAUCAUCCCCGUCAGAAUUGCAUGUGCUUGAAUCAAAUAGUGGUAAUGGCUCAGAUGCCUGCAAAGACUUUCAAUUCAAUAAUAUCUCAACCAAUUCACUUGUUCCAAUUAACGCCGCGGAGGUGGCGGUGAAGCAAGAAAUCAAUACAGAGAUGGAUGGUUAUUUUGAUCCUAUGCAACUGGUCAUUCCGCUGAAGCAAGAAAUCAUUACCGAAGCGACGGAUAUUUACAACCAUCAAUUCGAGGAUCACAACCAGUUUGAUAUGAAAAACAUAAAACACGAAUCCCAAAUUGCCACCGAACCUUAUUACCCGGACUUCUACUCGUCAGAGGAGCCUACUUCCAUGUCGGCGGCAAUCCAUCGAUUAGUUUAUCAAACACCGACUGCCAGUGCCAUUGAGGACAUCAAACCGGAAUUUCAGCCCCCAACCAGCAUUGAAUCUAUUCACAAUUUAGACUAUCCUAUGCCAACUCCAGUCCCUAGCGACAAAAAACCAGAUGCUGUUCCCAAAAAGGUCAGUGUCCAAAAACCUAAACGCGUUGAGAAACCGUACAAAUGUUCCGUGGAGGGAUGUGAUAGGGCUUUUAAGGUGCCGUACGGGCUAAAACGACACAGCUGGGUUCACACUAAGGUGAAACCCUUCGAGUGCGAUCAAUGUAAGAAGAAAUUCCUAAGGAAAGACCACCUGGCUAAGCACAUGAAAACACAUUAUCGAAUCCAAAAGCCUUCAUCGAGCUAGCCGUUGGCGUUGGGGACAAAUUGUUAGAUAUGCCUAUUUUUUUAGGCGGCUACUCUGUUUAAUCAUCAAAGAUUAUUAUUUCCACUUUUAGCCUUGAUUCUCAAAGAAUCUGAGGCAUCGUUAGCGUUAAGAUAUGAUCGAAUAUUAAGCUUAUUUUUGUUGUUAAUAAAAUUUGAAACAAAUUUAUUCUAUCAUGAAAA